GGGCUAUGACGGCAUACAGCGUCACCCCGACUGAUUGCGGGCAAGGAAUCACUCGCCUUGCAAGGCCACUGGACUGGGCGAACAAGGCACCCGGGCGUACUCUAGUCGCGACCUAGGUAUCCGGUGAUUGUCCCGCGAUGUUGUCUUUCUUAUUGCUACCGCUGUAAUUAUUAAUCGUUCGCAUAACAUAUUGAAUCUCACCACACCGCAAUGGAGAAACGAUCCAAGUGGAAGCUAUUUUCAAAGGACAAGAGCAAGAGUCCUACAGAUGAUCCGGGUUUCAGUGUGCCGUCGGACAAUAGACUGGCUGUCCCUGACGCCAGCAAUUCAGAGACCACAAACUCAUUGACCACUGAGGGCAGCUCCAACGCCUCCGCAACGUUGACAAACCCGUCCUCGAGCAACACAUCAAACCCUAGGCAGGCCAAGGGCAACGGUAUCAAUGACAUGGCGGCGAUUGGACCGGGAAGCCAACUUCAGGACCCAGCGACGCAGAGCAACCCUACUAUCAAACGUGAAACUCAUACCAAUACGAACACAGGCCAGACUGUGACCACAACAACAACCACCACCACCACAACCACCACGGUGACUGGUCCUAAUGGAACCACAGUCGUUCAGGAGCCUCGAGUAGGCGCCGCCGAGCUACCGGCAGCCAGUACGCCAGGGUCUGAUUACCAGCCAGCGCCUACUCCCAACGAGCCCGGACUCCGACCUGCUCCAUUGACAAUACCCCCACGGCCGCCGAAGGAGGCUCUAGACUCAGCUCCUAGGAAGAGUUCGGAAACACCCGGUCGCCGAAUUAUUCCUCCUCGCGACCCUCUGACAUCACCUUCUGCGACAGGCGUGUAUGACUCGAUCGCGACACCACCAGUGCCCGAGCGUAGCACGAACAGGUACGGUGCUCCGCAAAACUUCUCAUACCCGGGGAGGAAUGAUUCGCCACCAGACAGCUACUUCGUAGACGCACCCAGAGAGCCUCGUUCCACCUUGGAGAGUCUCAAAACCGCGGCAGUGGGUAUUCAUGGGGUCGGGGAAACACUCCGCGGAACUCUCAAUGACACAGUAGACCGCCGGUUCGGCAACAACCAGCAAGCACGAGACAAGAAUCAGGCCGCCAUCGACGCCGGACGGUUCGAAAUAGAGCAACGGCGCCUCUAUAGGGCAGAGGACACGCGACAGGCUCAGGAGCAGCAGGAGAGAGCCCUGGAGCAGCAGCAACAACUCCAACCGGGGUCCGCCAAAAUGACAGCAGACGGUGCAGAUCGCGCUAGCUGGGGAACCUUUGGUGCCCCUGAUGGAGACAACGGAGCAAGUAGCAGGCUUGGAAAGUUAUUUGGCAGGCCUACAUCACAAAUUUCAGUGAACAAGCCCGUUCAGGCUGAGCCACCCAAAGAAAGGACCAGACUGCGCAAGAGGAGCAGUUCCGCACUUGGCGUGGUCCAGGAGUAAGAACUGUUUUUCAUUCGGGCCACAGUGUACUGAAUCCAGGCAUCUAUGGAUGAGAUUUUUGCAGGCCUGGGAACGCAAAUGAAGCUGGGUCGAUGUGAUAGUUGGGACGGCCUCCAAAGGGCACCUGGGCUUCCUGGGGGAGCGGGCUGCUAAUAAAGCAGCGGUAAUCUGACUUGAGCCGGCAACUAAAUCUCAACAACUAGCAAAGCUUUUACUUCAAGUUGUGUGAUAUCUGUCAAGAAACAAUAUUCCUUUGCAAAGGAUGUUCAAAUCCACAACAGCGGAUGUGGUCUACGACGAUCACCUACGCUUUGUGGACUAAUUGAAUUGCUCACAGUGAGCCUGCCAACA